AUUGCGGCUUGGCUGGUCCAAGCUUGUCUGUGGAGAAGGUUCUGAGUCCUACUCUUACAACACCAUUACUCGUGAGGGGAGUGGAAAGGUGUGAUGUCUUCAUUAGCAAGAGGCGCUGUCGGAGUCAAUAAGCCCAAGCCUGUCAAUGUGAAUAGUCUUUACGCCGGUCGCAACCUCGCUGCGGGAUCAAAACCUCUAGGUAAGCAUGGUCUCACUUCAGUUGGAAAGAGUGUUGGCGUUGUGCGACGAAUGCCACCGCCGGCAACUCUCCCUUCGUUGAAGGCAGAAAAUAAUGGACAAGAUCCUACAACUGCUGUUGUUCCACAAGGAGGAACUGGUUGGUGCAAAAACGAAACCGGACCAGAUUCUGGGGAUGCCAUCAAGGCAUCUGUUGUGAGUGUAUCAGGUGGACCAGACUUGCGCCCAACGUGGGCAAAGCCAUCUUCGGAUGUGUUAUCUAGUGGAAACACAUCGACGAGAGAGUUUCCCACGCUUGCAGUUGCAGCACAGGGAAAUGAUCUCCCUCAUAAGCCCUCAAAUAAGUGGGUGAUCGAUGAAAAUAUACGCGACAACGAAACAAAGACCGCAGAUUCCCCAAAUUCCGAUGAAUUGCACCCUUUGUCGUCUCGAUAUAACAACACCUCGGAUUCGUUUGGUGGUCCUGCUCGUUUCUAUCCCUCCUCUGAGAGGCCACGACUUCAAGGAAGUUCCGAUGCUAGAGUGACUUCAAGUUAUUCUUGCUCCUCGUCAUUCAGAAAUAGUCAGAAGCCCAGCGAAGUCAACAAGAAUGAACCAUGCGUUACACGAGAACCGAAUCCUGUCAAUUCGUCACGAUAUGAGGAUGACAAAGCUACCCAGUCUUCUCAAACGUCUCGAGCAUUCGAAUUCUUUGAUGGUGCUCCUACACGAGAGAACGCACAAGUUGAAGAAGCUUACAGUGUCCGCGAGUAUGAUAGGGAUGACGCAAUUGGGAAGAGUCGACAUAAGCGAACGAGUUUCAAGAGUAUCGAUGGUGAAGAUGUCUGUAAACCAGCUGCUAUUGAUAGUCAAAAAUCUGAUCGGGAUAUUGACUCCACAAAAAGACGUAUGGGAUAUCUUGACAAAGGCUUGGAACUUGAAGAUGUCAGCGACGAGGAUGAUGACAUUCAAAUGACGAAGCUAGAUAAGCCAAGUAUUCGGAUAGUGAAGCGGGUCGCAGAAUCAAAUGGUGUUUCCGUGAACGAGAAUGACACUGCUUCUUCAUCACCGGAAGUUCUUAAUCGAGUAGCAUCAAAGGGACAUAAUUCCGAUAAUGGGUCUUAUGCGGAGAAAAGAAUUGAACAAUCUGUGGAUACUGCCGACGAUUCCAAUCCUUCGAAUCUUAAGACAACUGAUGAUGGUCAUCUCUCCGCUCCAGCAGACAAUGUUUGGGCUAAACGACAAGAGGAAAGAGAAUCGCAGGAACGCGAGAAGCUUUCGCGUGUUCCAAAAAUCAUGCAACAAGCAAUUGAGCAACACUUCCCUUCUGUAUCUGAAGCUGCAUCGAUAAAAGUGGAUAAGGACACUGCGCGACGUCCAGCUGACUCUGACUUUGCCCGUGCCACUUUGAGGGCUAGACGGCAGCAAGGUAGCAAUGAUGUGCGCCAGCUCAUGUAUUCCGAGGAUGCGUAUCAGCGUCGAGCUCCCUCGCAUGUGCAGCGACAAGAAAGUGACGGUGAUUACCGGGCACAAGCUCCUAUCAAAAUCGCUCAGAAAGUAGAAGUGCGGAAUGAUCAAAAGGAGGCGAAUGCAGAACCUUGGAGUAAAAAUGCUCGUCGACAAGUCCCACAACGAGGCAGAUAUGUACGAAACCGCGGACGAACGGCCAUACAGCCACAAAUAUAUCGGCGGUCAUCGUCGAUGAAAAAAGGAACGGAGAGGGAAGACUCACUUCUUACGGAAGAGUACGUGAACGAACCCGCUGCUGUCUCAGAAAAUGAUUCUGGAGCACAUGUAACUGAGGGAAAGCCUCACUUCGGUGCUGUGGGAGACAAAACUACAGCGACAGUGAAGACAAAAACACGGACUGAUGUGCUGAAGUCAACGGUGAAGUCGUCACCAAAUCAGAAUGAAAGUGUAGUUGUGGAUGAGCAGAGGAGCGAAGAUUCCGCAGCAUUCCCUUCGUCUAGAGAAGUUAAUGAACGCCCUUUGAAUAGGUACAGAAAAGGCUAUGCUCAACGCGGGCACAAUCGAAAGGGAAGAGGAGCACAGCAACUUGGCAAAACGGAGUCUGAGGAAUCACACACACAAAGAUACCAACGCGGAAGCGAUGGUGGAGCCAGCAACGCUGGUCAUAUAGUGAGACCAAUCGCACAGCUUAGAGGAAGACAUGAUUACCAGCAACAGCGUACUCGUCGGAAGUUCGACGUGCAUCAGAAGACGCAUCCGCAUGUGAAAACUAUUGGACAAGAAGGAACUGACCGCCUUCGAAGUCCGGUCGUUUCUAGUGAGGGUUACGAUGAAUGGGAAACAGCUAGUGAAAGCAGUGCGCGUGCAACGCGCGAUGAGCGAUCCAACACGGCAAUAGGUUCUACCCGGGGUUCUAGUCGACAGAUGAAUUCGAAUGCGACUCCAUCAAGAUUAAGCCCAUCAAACCCACACCAAGCAGGAAAUCGGAACACUCCCGUCUGCUCAGGCUCCAGCAUGGAUAAUUCAAAUGCCCCUAACAAUACAGAGCGGUCUUACGGUUCAAAAAACGUCCAACCCGCCAGCCGUACGUGCCAGUCCCCCUCCGGAAGUUACAACAAUUACAAAAACAACAAGGAGACUAGCUCGAGGAAUGUUUCGGACGCGCUGGCGGGUCUUGACAUCAAUAAUAUAGCAAGUGUUGUGGUCAUUGACGAUCAUCUGGUUGAAACGGCGAGUGUAGAUGCCAGCGAAGAGUUUGAAGAGGUCUUGAAUAAGCGUGCGAAGAAACAGAAAGCUCUUCUGCUGCAGGCGAAGCUUGAGGCUGAGGAAAGACGUAAGAUGAAAGAAAGGGAACGACAUCUCCGCUCUCAGAAUAAGAAGGCCAUUCGUCAUUGCAACUCAAGAAAAAACUCAGAAAAGGUGAAACGCGGAAGGACAAACAGGAGGACGAUAACUGGAGUGCAGUGGCUGAGAAAAACAAAUCCAAGCAGCAGGAACGCAAAAAAGUGGAGGCUAUCGCUGCUGAGGCUACUUCUAUAA